AUGGGGGACAACAAAGACGAAGAGCGCAAGCCCACGCCUGAGAACAGCGUUUUAUUUCAGGCGUUCGAAUGGAACGUCCCUGCAGAUGGGAAGCAUUGGAAGAGAUUGACUGCUGCACUGCCUUCGCUCAAGCAGAUUGGCAUAUCGAACAUCUGGAUCCCCCCGGCUUGCAAAGCCUCGUCCCCGGAGGGUAAUGGCUACGACAUCUAUGAUCUCUGGGAUCUGGGUGAAUUCGAUCAAAAGGGCAGCACGCGCACCAAAUGGGGCAGCUUUGACGAGCUGAAGGAGCUGUCUGCUAAGGCAUCCGAAGUCGGUAUCGGCCUGUACUGGGAUGCAGUGCUAAACCACAAGGCGGGGGCCGAUCAGAAAGAGAAAUGCAUGGCCAUUGAGGUUGACCCAAAUGAUCGGACAAAGGAGAUCAGCGAACCAUAUGAGAUUGAGGGUUGGCUGGGCUUCGACUUCCCUGGACGCGGGGAUAAAUAUUCGGCGCAAAAGUACCGUUGGGAGCACUUUACCGGGACGGAUUACAAUGCCGCGAACGAAAAGCAGGCGAUCUACAAGAUUCAGGGCGAGGGGAAGGGUUGGAGUAGCAGUGUUGACAAGGAGCAGGGAAAUGCGGACUAUAUGAUGUUUGCCGACCUUGACUACUCCCAUCCUGAGGUCAUUACUGAUGUGAAGAACUGGGGCGUCUGGGUCACCAAGACCUUGGGCCUCAAAGGCUUCCGCCUGGAUGCGGUCCAACACUUCUCAGAGCGCUUCACCAACGAAUGGGUCGAGACGCUCCACACCGAAUGCGGCCCCGAAAUCUUCCUCGUCGGUGAAUUCUGGGUAGGCGAAACCUCGACCCUAACGGCCUGGCUGGACAAAAUGAACCACAAGUUCGCCCUGUUCGACGCGCCGCUGCUAUACAACUUUCAUCAAGCGGGCCAAACCGAGUCGUUCGACCUGCGCAAGAUCUUCGACAACACGCUCGUCCAGGCCGAGCCCGUCAACGCCGUCACCGUCGUGGCCAACCACGACACGCAGCCGGGCCAGACGGUCGAGACGCCCGUCGCCGACUUCUUCAAGCCGCUCGCCUACGCCCUCAUCCUGCUGCGGCCCGACGGCUACCCCUGCCCCUUCUACGGCGACCUCUACGGCCUCCUCCCGGGGCCCGACACGCCCUUCGACCAGCCCGCCCCGCCCGCCUGCUCCGGCAAGCUGCCCGACCUGAUCAAGGCCCGCCAGCUCUACGCCUACGGCGCCUGUGAGGACUACUUCGAUGGCGGUGACGGUGGUGACAACGCUGUUACUUGCGUCGGCUGGGUGCGCCGCGGGACGUGGGACCGCGGCGAGGGCGGCUGCGCCGUCGUCAUGUCCAACGCCGGGCCUGGCACGCGCCGCAUGUUCGUCGGCGACGGCACCGAGGGCCAGGUGUGGACCGACGUCCUGGGCUGGGCCCGCGACGGCGACAGGGACGCCGAGGUCACCAUCGACGCCGACGGCUUCGGCGAGUUCACCUGCGGCGAGCUGAGCCUGAGCGUCUGGACGCGCAAGGAUGCCGGCGGCCGAGAAUUGUUCCCUGUCAAGUUCGAUACCGAGAUUUACAAGAUGGCGUAG